CACAGUGGGGGAAACUACUCUGCCAGCUCAGCUGACAACAGCAGCACUUGGACAGCCAGAUAAUGAUGAUGGCAGACUCUGGAAGUAGCGAAGAAGUGGCUGUGAUCGGUAAUACCGAUAUCACUUCAACGGAAUCCGAAAACAACAUUAUAAACACGAUGGUUGAGAGGGGGACAGCUCUGUUGAGAAAAAUGGAGAUAAAUGUGGCAGAGGCGGAGAAGAGAACAGGGAAGAACACAGUAAACAUGCAGGAAACCUACACAGUCUACCUCAUAGAAACGCGGCCAGCUGAAAGUGUCCCAGACGGGGGCACGCCUGCCGCACCGGACACUUUGUGGAGACGCUACAGUGAGUUUGAGCUGCUCCGAACAUACCUCCUGGUCGCCUACCCCUACAUUAUCAUCCCUCCACUACCAGAGAAAAGGGCAGAGUUUGUGUGGCACAAGCUGUCAGCAGACAACCUCGAUCCAGACUUUGUUGAGCGACGGAGAGUCGGCCUAGAAAACUUCUUGCUGCGUGUUGCAUCACAUCCUGUCCUUUCCAAUGACAAAAUCUUCUUCCUCUUUCUGACAGAGGAGAAAGGAUGGAGGGAGGCGGUUUUGGACACAGGUUUCCAAGACAAGGUUGACUCCAGACUAAAGUCUCUAAGUGCCAUGUUCAGAGUCAAGAACCCUGACAAGCGAUUCACAGCGCUGAAACACUACAGCGAUGAACUGAACACAGUCAUCUCUCAGUUACUCAGGGUGCGGGCGAAAGUGGCAGACAGGCUGUAUGGAGUUUACAAGGUCCACGGUAACUACGGCAGAGUGUUCAGUGAGUGGAGCGCUAUAGAAAAAGAGAUGGGAGACGGACUACAGAGUGCUGGCCACCACAUGGAUACAUAUGCUGCAUCAAUAGAUGACAUUCUGGAGGAAGAAGAGCACUAUGCAGACCAGCUGAAAGAAUACCUCUUCUACGCAGAUGCUGUCAGGUCAGUAUGCAGGAAACACGAGUUGAUCCAGUAUGAGUUGGAGAUGGCAGCUCAGGAGCUCGUCCAUAAGAAACAGCAGAAAGAGGAGCUGGCGACUGGGACUGUGCGCAUCUUUUCUCUGAAGGGGAUGACCAGUAAAAUAUUCGGUCAAGAGAGCCAGGAGCAGAGGGAGAGCAGGUUGGCAGCCUUGGAGCAGAGUAUCCAGGAGGGAGAGGAAAUGCUCAAGGAGAAGAACAGAGAGUGCCAAGAGUUUGUGCAAACAGCCUGGGAAGACAUUGAACGUUUUAAGGAGCAGAAGGACAAAGAUCUGCGUGAAGCACUAAUCAGCUACGCCAUUAUGCAGAUCAGCAUGUGUAAGAAGGGAAUUCAGGUGUGGUCCAAUGCCAAGGAGUGUUUCAACAAAAUGUGAGCCACUUUUCAACCAGUCACUCCGUUCAGAGCGAGACCAUCAGCAGAUCUUCAAACUGCAGUUUUAUGGAAAUGGUGACGGUCGCCCACAAAACUGCUCUCACUUUGCUUUGCUGAAUCAAAGCUACUUAGAUUGAUCCUGUCUUCUUUUCUCUCUCUCUGCUUUUCUCAAACACACAUUUAUGUAGUAGAAGUUUCAAAGACUGAGUCGCUUAGUGGAUCCACGCUGAUGUGACUUUCAUGCUGCAGAUAAUCCAGAUUUCCAGUCGUUUCGUUUGCUGCACAACACGUCCAGAGGUUAGGCAGUGAGUUUGAGAAUUGUUGCCAGGGUUUAGCUUUAAUGAUCUGAAUUCGCUGAUAUUGUGGUUAAUGAAAAUACCAGGCGAUCAAUCGGAAACAAGAUUUCGGAUUUUAAGGUGAAAGAAACAUGGACCACACUUUCAGAAGCCGCUACACGUUCACAUUUCCUUUGCGUCUUUUUCAUAUUUGAUAUAUUUCAUGCUGUCGAGUCAGUCUUUAUGCUGUCAUUGAUCAGCCAACCAAAGUGCUUUUGACCAAGUUCUUGUAUCGUACACACUGAGCCUUUUUGGAAGACUGAAACAUGGCGCCCCCACAGUGAACCUGAUCUACCAAGUGCAAGUGUAGAGGUUGUUAAAGGCAACACACACAGAGAUCGAUAGUUGAGGCUUUUCUUUGCUCUCAAGCUUUAUAGCCUUAAUACAAACAUUUGUUUUGUACAACAGGGGAGGGAUAAAAAAUAAAAAAACUGUCAGUGUGCCUCAGGUCAAUGUUUAUGAAAAACACUGACCAAAUAGGGGAAAUUUUUUAACUACAAAUAUGUUCAAUCCUCACAAUCUGGCUCAAUACCUCUGCUGUUUGUACACAAAAUGUGAGCUACUAUUGCUUUCUGUAAUGUUCUAUAAUAUUCGACUGAGGGAGGAAAACAUUGGUACAAAGCGAAUACGAGUUAUAAAAGCAUGUGAAAGUGCCUGGUCAGCAAACCCUACCCUUUCAGAAUAAACCUAAUCAGUUUACUUGAAUAAUCCCAAAUUGAGGCUUUAAGUCAUGUUUUUUAUAUUAAAUAUGUGACAUGAGAAAUUGUUUUUAUGUUAAUGUAAUCAUUGUGCUAAGACACUAAUAAACAUAUUUCGUGUUUCUUUCUUUUUUUUU